GAUUUUAUUUUUUUAAUCCUAUUGCUACGUUUUUUAGAUAACAUUUGAGGGAAAAAAAAACAAUGUCAACAACACAUUGUCCAUAUUUCUGUUGCGGAAAUUAAAAUAUCGUCAAAUUUCUUACAUACAAAAUCUUAAAAUAGUGAUAUUCAUUAGUGCCUUUCCAUUAUAAACGUCCAUUACAAGUUUACCACAGUACAAUGCUGAAGUGCAUGACCCUUGUGCUACUGUGUGUGUUUGUCAUGUGAAAGUGUGUAUGUUCCCUUCCUGGAGGACAAACACACUUCGUUCUGUGCAAAUGACAUUUAGUAAUAGGUGGAGAACAAAUUGGCAACAUAUUUGCACACGUGAGUGCAAGAGGCGUAGCAGGGGGUCUAUUUUAGUGAGCCAUUCACGCACAAGAUUCAACUCAUAAAUCCAUCACCAAAAAAUCAUAUAACAUUUAUUCCUCACCAGCACCACACAGAUCAUCCUGCCCUCAUCGCCUUCUAGUUCAAGGGUCCAUACAGAGAAAUCACCAUGUCUGAAGGACCGAAAAAAUCAAAGUAUACUGCCACAAGGCGACUGCUAUUAAAAACUAAAUUAAUGAAGAAGGCCACGUCUAUGCUGGCAGCUGAAAGAGAACAGAAUAAAAGAGAAAGAGAUGAUGCUCUAAAUGAGAGGGUUCCUCCUCUUAAACUGUCUGGCUUGUCAGCCCAGGAGCUCCAGGAACUUUGCAAAGAGCUUCACCGCAAGAUUGAUGAUGUUGACGAGGCUCGAUAUGAUCUUGAAAUAAAAGUGGCUAAAAAUGAAAUAGAGAUCCAGACUUUGACCCAGAAGAUUUGGGACAUGAAGGGUUCAAAGCAACGAACCAAACUGAAGAGGGUCAAGAAGUCACAUGACUCCAUGUUUGGUGCACUGACUGAAUCCAAAAUGUCAUCGAAGGCAGAUUUCAAAGCCAAUCUAAAGACAGUAAAGAAAGAAGAAGAAAAGAAAGAAGAGGUGACCGACUGGCGUAAGAAUGUGGAGGCCAUGUCUGGAAUGGAAGGCAGAAAGAAGCUGUUUGAUGCUGGACAAUAAAAAAACAAAAAAGUAACACAAUCAAUAUGCACAAAGACAAGGAGGCUCCCAACACACAUGGUUUGAAGCAAGAAAAUCCAAACCAAACUAAAAUUUGAUUUUUUUGUUAUGACUAUUGAAGUCAACCAAUCACUGUUUACUGUUCAUAAUGUGUUUUGUUGUCAACCUUAGAACUUAGCAUGUCUUUAAUAGUUUCUGUUCUUUGUUGGACUAUGUAGACAGAAAUGUUUACAUUUGAAACACUUUUAUGUUUUGUGUAGUGCUGAAAAACUGGAAAUGAGUUUUACUGUGCUGUUCAGGAACAAAAUAUAACAGACUUUGUAACACUUUCUGUGUUACUCGAAGUAAAACUGCAAUGUAAUGGCAUUCCAAAAAUAAAUGACCCCAUUCGACAAAAGAA